UUCCAGCGUCAUAAGCUCAAGACCCGAUUGGUUCGAAUUUGGUCACGUGCCCUGACCGUCGCUCGGCUUUCUGCAUUCGCUACGAAGGUCGAACACUGAAGAGUGACAGAGACCAAGCAGAAGGUCUGACUACGUUCUUGGCAUCAAGAUGGUUGCUAUAUGUCUGGCUGUCCUGUUCUACAUAUCCUGCACGACAUCUGUUCAGUGCACCAUACCGUUGCGGUUCCCUUUGAACUGGUUCCGCGAAAGGGCCGGUGCGGCACCGGUCGCCAAUGCCACGGGACAGUCUUCCAACGGCACCGAUGCGAUCUUGGGACUCGGAGGAGCGUCGCAACUCUUGGCUUCUGUGGCUCAAGAUCCGCAGAAGGCGGCCCAGGACAUCGAAACGUUGACUGCUAUGAAGGAACCUGCCCUCGAGUUGAGAAACAAGUCGGACGGUUCCGGAGAGAUUGUCGUAAUUGACGAGGCCAAUCUGCCAUCUGGUGCCGGAAGUGCGGAGGACGAAGUGACCGGUACUCCAGUGCCUCCACAGAGCCCACAAGGGCUGUCUGCGUUUCUCGCUUUCUUCCGUCCUUGGCUGUUCGGAAGCUCCACGACGACACCCCAGCCAUCGACUACCCCUGUGACAGAGACUACUCCAUUCAGGACAUACACAUCUGUCUUGCGUACGACAACGACUGAACCCCAGCUCAACGAGAAGUUUUCCCAGACAACCGUCGAAGAAUCAACGGCGAGCGAUGCCUCUACCACACCUUCCCCGGUGUUUACAAACAUCUUCUACCGAACGACCACUGGUGCCCAACAAGAACAGCCCGGUGUAAAGUCAUUUUUCGUUGCUGAACCGACUCCUGUGGGCUCUACGCUGUCGGACGUUCCAACCGCGCCUGUAGCCUUCACGUUCGUUCCUCGUGCCACGACGGACAGCGACAUGGACGAGAAAUCUGCGCGUACGGACACUUUUCAGCCUUUAAAUGACACCGCUGUCUCGGAUGCGGCUGUUGCGGGUACCACUCAGGACUUCACUGUCGUUUCCGACGCAGUAACGACACACGAUGGCGUGGUAGAGGCCAAGACAGCUCAAGAUUCAACAACGUCUGCUGCCAGUACCGCCACUUCCGUAGCAGAAGAAUCCAAGACAAGCCCCAAGAUCUUUACGUCUGCCUUGUGGUCUACUACGACGAUUUCUUCUGUUGGUACCGAGCCCCUCGUCUCCGUCACAACGGAAAGGGCAUUUACAUAUCCCUCCCGCACCAGAACUCUAUCAACUUCAUCUGCUGCUGAUGUAGAAUCGUCGUCUGUUACGGUAGAAACCUUAGCGGCCGUCGAAUCCAGAGCAGCAAGUGCAAGCACCUCAACUGUAGCGGAUACAACAACGUCUCCUAUUGCCAUGCACUCCACUGUGCAACCAACCAGGUCAUUGCCUUCAACAAUUGCCACUUCCGAUUCGACGGAUACAACCGGAAGCUCCUCUGGUAUAGCAACCACGGCUGUGGAUUCGUCUUCGACUGACUCUGCAUUAGAACGUGAAAUCGUAACGGCGUCGUCUACAGAGUCACCUUCAACCACUUCUGCCCCCACAACGGUAGCACGUGAAGGCCGGUCAAGCAUGAGCCCGGUGUACCGGUAUUACUUCGAUCCGAGCCAACUUAUGCAAGAAUCGCCUUGAGUAGAUUUUAGCGAGUAGUGACGAUUUGAAAUGCAACCCGUGACUCUCUGUAUAGUGGUGUACAAAUAAAAUGAUUUUAUUCAA